AGAAGAAUUUGCUCUUGUCUGUGUCGGAGCAGUUGGUUUAAUUUUCUGGAUUACGAAUAUAGAUCCAUUUCGCUAAAAUGCAGAGGGAGGACAAACCCAGCCUGCUGCUCUCCUUCCACACUGAUCCCAAACAAGAGUCACUGGAUUCUGAUUGUGAAGCUCAAUGGGCAUUGGGGGAUUCAGAGAUUACAUCAGUAAAGCUGGAUGACAAAAGUCAAAAACUGGGGCUGAAUGUUACCAUUAAAGAUGAAGAGGAGAAGAAUGUGGUUAUCAUUAAUUAUGGAGAGGGAGAUUUACUCACUCAAGAUGGGAUUCCUGAAGUGGAGACAAUUGGAGAUAAACAACAGGAAGACUACAAUCAUAAGAAGUCUCACCACUGUCCCCACUGUGAUAAACAUUUCUCAUUUCAAUCACUGUUAAAAAGACACAUUAAGAUCCAUACUGGAGAGAAGCCUUACUCGUGUUCUGACUGUGGGAAGUGUUUCUCUCAAUUAGGUCACCUUAUAGUUCACCAGCGCAUACAUACUGGUGAUAAGCCUUACUCCUGUUCUGACUGUGGGAAGUGUUUCUCUCAAUUAGGUGAUCUUAAAAUUCACCAGCGCAUACAUACUGGUGAUAAGCCUUACUCGUGUUCUGACUGUGGGAAGUGUUUCUCUCAAUUAGGUCACCUUAAAAUUCACCAGCACAUACAUACUGGUGAAAAGCCUUACUCUUGUUCUGACUGUGGGAAGUGUUUCUGUCGGUUAAGUAACGUUAAAGUUCACCAGCGCAUACAUACUGGUGAUAAGCCUUACUCUUGUUCUGACUGUGGGAAGUGUUUCUCUGAAUUAGGUAGCCUUAAAGUUCACCAGCGCAUACAUACUGGUGAAAAGCCUUACUCCUGUUCUGACUGUGGGAAGUGUUUCUCUAAAUUAGGUCACCUUAAAGUUCACCAGCGCAUACAUAGUGGUGAUAAGCCUUACUCCUGUUCUGACUGUGGGAAGUGUUUCUCUCGAUUAGGUCACCUUAAAAUUCACCAGCGCAUACAUACUGGUGAAAAGCCUUACUCCUGUUCUGACUGUGGGAAGUGUUUCUCUGAAUUAGGUAGCCUUAAAGUUCACCAGCGCAUACAUACUGGUGAAAAGCCUUACUCCUGUUCUGACUGUGGGAAGUGUUUCUCUGAAUUAGGUAGCCUUAAAUAUCACCAGCGCAAACAUACUGGUGAAAAGCCUUACUCCUGUUCUGACUGUGGGAAGUGUUUCUCUAAAUUAGGUCACCUUAAAGUUCACCAGCGCAUACAUACUGGUGAUAAGCCUUACUCGUGUUCUGACUGUGGGAAGUGUUUCUCUCAAUUAGGUGACCUUAAAGUUCACCAGCGCAUACAUACUGGUGAUAAGCCUUACGCCUGUUCUGACUGUGGGAAGUGUUUCUCUCAAUUAGGUCACCUUAAAGUUCACCAGCGCAUACAUACUGGUGAUAAGCCUUACUUCUGUUCUGACUGUGGGAAGUGUUUCUCUCAAUUAGGUCACCUUAAAAUUCACCAGCGCAUACAUACUGGUGAUAAGCCUUACUCCUGUUCCGACUGUGGGAAGUGUUUCUCUCGAUUAGGUAACCUUAAAGUUCACCAGCGCAUACAUACUGGUGAUAAGCCUUACUCCUGUUCUGACUGUGGGAAGUGUUUCUCUCGAUUAGGUAACCUUAUAAUUCAUCAGCGCAUACAUACUGGUGAUAAGCCUUUCUCAUGUUCUGACUGUGGGAAGUGUUUCUCUCGAUUAGGUAACCUUAAAGUUCACCAGCGCUUACAUACUGGUGAUAAGCCUUACUCCUGUUCUGACUGUGGGAAGUGUUUCUCUCUAUUAUGUAGCUUUAAAAUUCAUCAGCGCAUACAUACUGGUGAUAAGCCUUACUCCUGUUCAGACUGUGGGAAGUGUUUCUCUCUAUUAUGUAGCCUUAAAAUUCAUCAGCGCAAACAUGCUGGUGAUAAGCCUUACUCCUGUUCUGACUGUGGGAAGUGUUUCUCUCUAUUAGGUAACCUUAAAAUUCACCAGCGCAUACAUACUGGUGAUAAGCCUUUCUCCUGUUCUGACUGUGGGAAGUGUUUCUCUCGAUUAGGUGUCCUUAAAAUUCACCAGCGCAUACAUACUGGUGAAAAGCCGUACUCCUGUUCUUACUGUGGGAAGUGUUUUAUCUCAUCAUCUAAACUUACUAGACAUCAGAAAGUGCAUACUGGUGAGAAGCCUUACAUGUCCACAGAAGCUUCCUCACUUCUUCAAACAGAAGCUUCCUCACUUCCAUCAUAUCCUGGUAGAGAAUUACAGAAUGAGUUGGUGACAUGAAAGGGGAAACAGUAGGAGGGGUUGGGUUGUUUGUAUCACUUUAUACUGGAUGUGUGUUUCUUAAUUUUCAAUCCUUCUAUAUUUGCAUAGAUUCUGUAUGUUGGUAUUGAAGAUCUGCUUCAUCAUUUGGACAAAUAUUUUGAGUACCUUUUUUGUUUGUUGUGAAAAUAGUCCUAGAGUAGCCAAGGCAGUAUUGCCUGCAAGCUUUUGUUAAAAAAAUAACUUCUGUGUUGUUAUUGUGUGUUUGUGUGUUCUGAUCCGACCUUUUGAUACCUAGGGGACUAAAUUGGCUUUAAUCACUUUGAUAUUCAUUUAAUGUAUAAACUGCCUAAAUAUAGUGUGAUAUUGUGUUACCAGAAUAGACAGCACAAUUAUCUAAGAUCUAGUAGGGCUAGAAGAAUAUGGGGCACAGUUUACCCCAUUAGUUGUCUAGAUGGUAUUUCAUUAUCAGAUACUGUUUGCUGUGUUACAGCUUUGAUAGAAAAAAGUUUCGUUUUAUUCUGUUUCACUGCAUUGUAUUUUUCUCGUUUUAUGUAGAAGAUUACUUGAGAUUAUUGAUGAAUGUAUGCCUUGUUACAAGUUUACACUGCGUUCACAACUAUUAGGCACAUUGUUCAACAAUAAAAUAAAUCUUGAAAUACAA